UACAAACAAGCACCUAGAUUAUGAUUCGUUUACAUACAUUUAUGUAUGUUAAGUUUAAACAAACGAAAUAUGCUGUAAGUCAUCUCCACGCAGAUGUUUGCUUAUUAUCAUCAGGCUAUUAUUUAAUAAUUUGCCUUGUCAGUCUGUAGAAGCGUAGACCUACUUCUGCUUUGGUUUUCAGUCUUACGCGGUUACAAUUAAAUCACAAAGUAGAAAAAUAAUGACCAUAAAUUAUAUUGUUGCAUUUUUUGACCCCACUAUUAUAUAAUAUAUAACUGACUUCAAAAACUUUCCCGGAUAAAGUUACAUUAGAGGAGCUCGUAUGGGCAGCGUAAUUUCUUGUGUAAUUACGGAAAUAGGUGCUUUUUAUGUGGGGAAAGUUCGUCAAAGUGAGUGAAAGGAUUAAAGAAGGUUGGUAUCCUGGAUAAUGGAAGUGGCGCUGCGGCGAAUUGUCCGCAUUCGCUUUCGGCGAAAGCAGCAAAGCGAGCCACCCUCAUCCUGCGCAGAAGGAGUGGGGGGGAUGUAUCAUUGGGUUAUACCCCACACAAGCCUCGUCCGAGCACUGCUGGGUUCACGAGCGAAGAAAUGGAGAUUGAAGUUCCUAAUUAAAUAAAUGAAAACGGCGCAGCUUCGCCGUUGAAUCAAAUGCGUCAGCAGGUCGAAGCUUCCCCCCCCCCAUCUUUUUGACCAUGACUCUGCUUAAGUGGACCUCCUUUACAUAAACGCCACUGUUUGCCAAUUGAUUUCUGCCUGACAUUAAUAACUUGGACGUUUUUAGCUCUUUGCUCGAAGAGGGAGGUUUGUGUGACAUUAUACUGGGGGCUGAUCGCACCGGUAUCGCCGCCUCUGUUACACUUGCGGGACUGAGAUUAAUUUAAAGGAACCAUGGAAGUUUGCAAAGGUCGUUUACUGGGCAUUUCGGUGGCAGUGGCGCACGGAGUUUUCUCGGGAUCGUUAAAUAUUUUGUUGAAAUUUCUCAUAACGACUUACAGCUUCAGGUACAUCACCCUCAUCCAGUUCCUGACCAGCGGCACUGCGGCGAUCUCACUGGAGCUGCUCCGGAGGUUCGGCAAAGUGGACGUACCUCCCUACAGCUUCAAUUUAGCAAAAGUUUUCGCCAGCGUGUGCAUCCUGUCCACGCUACAAUCAACACUAACUCUUUGGUCCCUGAGGGGACUGAGCCUCCCUAUGUAUGUGGUUUUUAAACGCUGUCUGCCUUUAGUCACUCUAAGCAUCGGCGUCUGCGUCUUGAAAAACGGGAUCCCGUCCAUCGGAGUGAUAACGGCGGUGCUGAUCACAACCGGGGGAGCCGCCUUAGCCGGAGCGGGAGACCUUACUGGGGACCCUUUUGGCUACGUGACUGGUGUCCUGGCUGUGAUCAUCCAUGCGUCGUACCUGGUGCUCAUUCAGAAGACCAGCGCAGACAGUGACUAUGGUCCACUGACGGCUCAGUACGCCGUUGCCGUCACGGCGACCCCAGUGCUGCUCGUAUGUUCAUUCAUCAGCAUGGACGCUGUACACAUGUGGUCAUACUCCGGCUGGAGCAACCCAUACAUUACCUCUCUCUUCAUAGCCUCCAUUUUCAUCGGUUGCGCCAUGAACUUCACCACCCUCCACUGCACCUACAUCAACUCGGCCGUCACCACCAGCUUCGUGGGAGUGGUCAAGAGCAUCGCCACAAUCACCGUGGGCAUGCUGGCUUUCAGCGACGUGGAGCCCACUAACCUCUUCGUGGCCGGGGUCGUGGUUAACACCGUGGGCUCCAUCACCUACUGUAUCGUGAAGUAUUUUGAGACCAAGAAGAAAAGUAACUACCAGGACUUGGAGGCGAGCAGCAAGGACCAGGAGCCGCCUGGCGAACCUUACACUGAAGAGAAAAGGCCAGGCGGGAACGCGGGCGACCAAUCAGGUGACGUUGUUGACGUGACCAACCAAACAGAGUGUCCCGUGACAGAAAACGGCAAAACAGAAUCCAUCGAGCUGCAAAACUGGGUCAACCGUCCCAACGGCGAAACGAACAGCACGUCUUUCAGUGACACUUACGCAGGAGUGUGGCGCUCAAUUCGCAACGCCAAGUUCUUCAAGAAGGACACGUUGAUCGACAAUGAGGAGCUACAAAGCCCCUAAUGAUAAAUCUUUCUAUUUUGAAAGGAUGCAUGUUCUGUUAUUGUCAUUUUUGGAAUGACUAAUCUGUUAUUAACAAAAAAUGUAGUCAACAGGUCGCCUGGGGUAUAUAGUUAUUAUUUUUUUUAUCUUUAGCGGUUUAUACAGUGCUACAUAUUUUUCAUAAGUCUGACUUUGUACUCACUGCAGUGGGGAAACAUUUUAUACCGAAAUAUCAGUCAAAGAUUUCAAAUGCUUUUUAAAAACAAGUCAUAAUUAUAUAAUAAAGAAAACAAAAGUAUCAGUUCCUCCAUGGGGUAUGAAUUUAGGAAAUAGACUUUUAAAUAAAAUACUUGCAUAAUAUGUUUACAUGGGAAAUUGAAUUGGACAUACAGGCAUGCAAAAUGCACUGACAUGGUAUGUUUUUUUUAUUUUAAAUUGUUAAUGUACUGCAUGUAAAUGCCUGACAAGGAACUUGAUAUUACAGUUUUGGACAAAUAAAGAGCAAUACUGACCCCAGAAUUAACGCAUAAUUCAAAGGAAAUAGACUUAUGUUGAAGUAAAUCUGCACUGGGAUGCUUCUCUCAUUUCUGGGUCUCUGAUAUCGUGAUAUAUGUUGACUACUUGAUGUAAUGUUCAUCUUCUGUGUGUUUCUGAUAUUUGUGGACCAGGAUAAUUAAUAAUCAAGCAUCACUGGCACAAUGAUUUAUUUUUACAAAACAAUAUUAAAGUACAAUUUUAAUGUCCUGGGAGUUUUGCUGGAGUGUUGAACAACAAUUCUGAUUAAAGGUUUUGUUUCGCUUUCAAAGAAA